GCUCCUCUGGCGCGAGCGCUCUGUCAGAAAUACUUGGCAUCUCUUUCACUCUCCUCUGUAUUUCGAUAUUAUUUUUAAUUAAUGUACAGAUACAGCACACAACUCAUAUAGUGCUGAAACAUAUGUAUAGUGUGGUGUAAACGGUUACGUGGAGAAAGUCAUAACUUGUUUGUUGUCAGGAGAAGGCAUGUUCGCGCGCUAAAGAAAUAAAGCUGUGAUGGAGGAAAAGAGUAAAGAAGUCGGGAUUACGGAGUGUGUGAGCGAGCAGGAGGACAGCGGCCAGGCUAAAUCUGAACAGAAUAACAGCUUAUGUAAAGAAACGGGACAUGCAGAUUUCAGUGAUCCGGUGUAUAAAGAGAUCUCUCUGGCUAACGGCGCCAUUAACCGCAUGAACAGAGACGAACUGUGUGCUAAAUGUGCUGACCUCAAGCUGGACACCAGGGGGGUGAAAGAUGUCCUGAGAAAGCGUCUUAAGAACUACUAUAAGAAGCAGAAGCUGAAGCAGUCAGCGACAGUCGGCUCUGACGACUUGUAUUACGACUACAUCUGUGUGGUGGACUUUGAGGCUACAUGUGAAGAGAAUAACCCAUAUCAGUUCCUCCAUGAAAUCAUCGAGUUCCCCGUGGUCCUUAUCGACACACACACUUUGGAGAUUGUCGAUACAUUUCAGGAGUAUGUGAAGCCCCAGCUGAACCCGCAGCUCUCCGAUUUCUGUGUGGAACUAACAGGAAUAACACAGAAAAUGGUGGACGAGGCUGAUACGUUUCCUCACGUUCUUCGCAGAGUGGUGGCCUGGCUGCAGGGGAAAGAGCUGGGGACCAAGUACAAAUAUACUCUGCUAACAGAUGGGUCUUGGGAUAUGAGUAAAUUCCUUCACACACAAUGCCGACUGAGUCGACUUCGAUAUCCUCAGUUUGCCAGAAGCUGGAUUAAUAUCAGAAAGUCUUAUGGAAACUAUUACAAGGUGACUCGGACCCAGACAAGGCUGAACUGCAUGCUGGAGAAUCUCGGCAUGCAGUAUGAGGGUCGGCUGCACUGCGGUCUCGACGAUUCGCGCAAUAUCGCCCGCGUGGCCAUCCACAUGCUGAAGGACGGCUGUCGGCUGCGUGUAAACGAGCGUCUGCAUGAAGGGCACCUGCAGAACGUAUCCAAUACAGCAGUGUUAGAAGGAGCUCCGCCUCCACAGUACCCCAAAAGCAGAGACUAACUCUGUAGCGUUUGUGCUUUCUUUCCACAUCAGAGAGCAUUAGAUAAAAUGAGUGUCAGAGUGGACCUUUUUUAAAAAAAAUUAUUUGAUGUACUUGUGUGAUUUCUGUACUGCCAGUUAGUAAUAUUAAUAAUAACGGCCAGAACAAAUCUUCUGUCUGUGUCUAUACUAUAUGUAAUUUCACACAAACAUGUUUCACAAAGAAGUCUUUAUUUUGUAAUUUACUUCUUCGAAGUCAAGUUUUAUGCUUCAGGAGUAAGCAUAAAGAAUAUUCAGUGAUUAUAAAAUUUUUAACAUAACAAUAAAGUGCCAUUCCUGAU